AUGACUACUUUGUGGCGCGAGCGUAACAUUAUAGCGCAACAACUGGCAGAUGAUGAGGCGAUGAGAGUGGACGCUUCCGGCAUGAGUGACAUCAAGAAUCAGUAUUUGCCCUGCGUCAAUAUAAUGCUUGAGGAAAUGGAGAGGGAGCUUGACGGCGGGACAAGUGACGGGGCAUGA